AAAAUAAUCGGAAUCAAACGGCACCCAGCAAAGAGAUUCUGAUUUACGGAGAUCAAAUGGACAUGAAUUGCCGCAAAUCUUGAAAAAGACCGUGAAAUUUUGAAUCUUUUCUUCAAGCAACUGCGUUAAUGUCAAUGUGAAGUUUUAAUAAUCAUCACCUUAAUGUCAUUAUCCAUUUCCUUCUUUUACGAUUAUUAUUAUUAUUUCCCCAAAUCGUACUCUAUAAUUUCCUAACCUAUUGGACAAGGAAAUUUCAGCGAUUAAGAAGAUGGUUGUUGUUUCCCUUUGCUAUCACUUAGCAUUGGGACCUUCCAUGGCGACAAAACCCUUUAUCACCAUGGCCGAACAGCCCAUUGCGCCCGAUCUCUAUGUCGAUCGGUCAACUUUUCAUCGUGGGUCGUCUUCUUUCUCUUCAUCUUCUGGCCGUCGCGAUCUUGUUUUUGUUGUUAAUCCCCGCGGUGCAAAUGGUAAGACGGCGAAGCAAUGGAAGAAGCUCGUUCCAUAUCUACGCACUCGGCUUGGUGAACAUUAUAAUAUAUGUGAAUCUCUGACGUCAGGUCCUUGCCAUGCCAUUGAUAUAACGAGGGAGGCAAUUCGGGAAGGUGCUGAUGCUGUGAUUGCUGUAGGAGGAGAUGGAACUUUUCAUGAGGUGGUUAAUGGCUUCUUUUGGGCUGGAAAGCCUAUUGUUAAUAAUGAUGGAGAAGCACGUAAAUCAACAGCACUUGGUAUUAUUCCCUUGGGGACAGGUUCGGAUUUUGCAAGAACAUUUGGUUGGAAUAACAAUCCUUUUGAAGCUGUGGACCGUAUAGCCAAAGGGUUGAGGACCCGAAUUGAUGUUGGAGUUGUCAAUGAAGAUAAUGGGGAGAAUCAUUACUUUGCAAAUGUUGCAGACAUUCAUUUGAGUGCAAAAGCUGGUUUUUAUGCUGCUAGAUACAAGAAAUUUGGAAACUUAUGCUAUGUGAUUGGUGCUUUGCAAGGCUUUAUGGGACACCAAAAUAGAGAUUUUAGGAUUAAGGUUGAUGAUGGUGAAUGGGAGCUGUAUCCUCAAGUAACUGCUCUAUGCAUUGGAAAUGCUAAAUACUUUGGCGGUGGUAUGAAAAUUGUGCCAAAUGCCGAUCCUUCCAACGGGAGUCUAGAGGUAGUAAUUCUUCAGGAUUUCAAGUGGUAUGACUUUAUUCUGAAUUUGCAUAAAAUAUACAAUGGGACACAUUUGACGGUGAAAAAUGUAACAUCAAGAAGCGUUCGUUCGAUCGAAGUGGAAGAAGUUUCUUGCAGCGGCAGCAUAUAUGUUCAAUCUGAUGGGGAACACUUAGGGUUUCUUCCAAGGAAAUUCCAUAUUCUACCAGCUGCCAUUGAAAUGAUAUGCUGAACAUGAGCUCUUUUGCAGAGAGAGAGAGAAACAAUAAGCAAAAGCUUCAUAGCCGUAGCAUCCUUUUUUUCUCAAGUGGACUCCUCUCUCAAAUUAGAGUAGACAAAGCAAGCUGUUAUUUUGCUUUUGUUCAAUUAGCUACAGUUCCUUUUUGUACCAAAGCCUUCUUUAUUUUUAAUGCUGUUGUAAAUGUAACUGGCAUUUUGGCUGAGUUUAAUCAUUUCACCUAUUUUUUUAUAUGUAUAAAAAAAAAAGAAAAAAGAAGAGAUUUUACAACCUUACUGUACAAGUUUCAAAUUGAUUUA